CCCCCCCCCCCCCUCUGAUUUGGAAGUACAAACAGUUUCCCAGCUUAUGGGUGGCAUUGUUUCAUAAAUAUCUGGUCCUCCCCAAUGAAAAUUCCUGCAAACUUGUUCCACUUUUGAUAAUUCUGUUGGGGAAGCAGAAAUACUGAAGCGCAGAAGGUAAAUUAAUGUCUACUCCUCCUACAUGUCUUAGCUAUAUGUUUUGAUUGUUUUUUUUUUCGAAAAAAAAAAAAUUAUUUUCACCAGCGACGAUAAGCGUUAUACGAAUUAUUGCCGGUCUACAUAUGGAGUAUGAGUUAUUGUAUAACACAGAGAGAGCGAAAGCUUAUUGGCGUCCCCAUAAAUAAAACUCCAACACUAUCCAAUUAAGCUAAUUCAUUAAUUACUUCGUUAAUUAUAAUUAAUGGGGAGCGGGUUCUCUAAUCCAACGUCGUCGUCGUCAUCUCCCGGGGCCGCGUUUGGGGCAUUGCGCAGGACAGGGAGCUAUACGUAUGGAUCAUCAUCAGCACCAGCACCAUCACCAAACAAGCCUUUACUCAACACCACUACUGCUACUGUUAAUAUUACAACUCCGCCGCCCCUUCUCCCGUCUGCCACACCAAACAAGCCCUUAGUCACCGCCUUUCACUCUUCCGUCCAAUGGAAAAUCCACUCUGAGGCCUCAAAGAAAACCAACAAAUUGAUGGUUAUAGACUUCACAGCAACAUGGUGUGGACCUUGCAAGACAAUGGAACAACCUAUCAAUGAACUUGCUGCUCAAUUCAAAGAUGUCGACUUUGUCAAGAUAGACGUCGAUGAACUCAUCGAUGUGGCUAAAGAGUUUAAUGUGACUUGCAUGCCAACAUUGGUCCUCAUGAAGAGUGGGAAAGUGGUGGAUAAGGUUGUGGGAGCAAAGAAAGAUGAACUCCGCGACAAAAUUCUCAAACACAGAAACUAAUUACAAUUACUAUAUGCAUGAAGAACGCAUUAUAUAUAUAUAUAUAUAUAUAUAUAUAUAUAUAUAUAUAUAUAUAUAUAUAUAUAUAUAUAUAUAUACAACUUGCAGUGGAGCAUAUAUAUAUAAUAAGAAUAAUACAUGAAGGCCUAGUGCAAUGAUAAAAACUGUAUUAGUGUAUUGCCAGAUUUAAACUGUACGAGAAUACAUUGAGACAGAGGGAGUACCAAUAAUAGUAACUCGGAGUAUUUGUUACCAUGAAAAUGUAUGGUAGAAUAGUUUUUUUUAUUAAAAGAGAUAUCCUUUU